AAAUCCAAAUUUUCUAUGACCUUAGAAUCAAAAACUGAAGGUAGGGUUUGCUGUUCAUUUUUACAGCCAAGCUAGUUGCUUGAAUUGAGAGAGUCAAACAUUGUGAGAAUGUUUUUAAAUUUUUCAGAUUCCAUGUAGUAAUUCUAAUUGCAACUACGUGAAUAAUGUCCCAACAGGAAAGAGGCAUGGAGUUCAUCCUUCAAGAACUUGGGAUGUAAAUUCAAAACUUGGAACUGCAAUGAUCCAUGCGGGUGGAGGAGUUUCCCAAUUUAAUAGCAUUUUGGCAGCACUUAAUAUACAUCCGAUUCACCAUAAGAUGGUUGCCAGCAGGCAGGCAGAGGUUGGUCCAGUUAUAGAAGCUAUUGCAGCAGACUCGACUAAACAAAGUUUAGAAGAAGAGAGCUUACUAACAGAAAGGAAAAUGGAUGGUGAGAGAGAAAUUUCUGCUUCUGUUGAUGCGGGCUGGCAGAGAAGAGGUAGUGGAAAAGCUUACAACAGUUUAUCUGGACAUGCAACUAUGAUAGGAGCAAAGACUGGAAAAGUGCUAGAUCGGAGCUGUAGAAUAAAGUCAUGUCGUAUAUGUGCACAUGCUGCAAAGGAAAACCUGCCAGCAAGGCCCCACGUUUGUCAGAAAAAUUGGGAAGGGAGUUCCAAAGCCAUGGAACAAGACAUGGUAGUGGAAAUGGUGAAGAAAGUUAAAGAAAGUGGUGUCAGAGUCGCAACCAUCAUUGGUGAUGAUGAUGCAGCCACCAUAUCACGUUUACGACAUGAAGUUGAUCCCACAAAAGAAAAGCAAUCAGACAGGAACCAUCUCAAGAAAAAUCUUGCAAAUCAUCUCUACGCUCUGCAAAAGGUACACAAGUCUCUCACCACUAAAGUUAUAAAAUAUAUUCAAAAGUGCUGGAACUACAUGGUUGCUCAAAAUGUUGGAAAUGAGGAUGGGAUUUCAACUGGUCUUGAUGCCAUGUAUAAACACCCAUUUGGGGACCAUUCUUCAUGUGGGGAUUGGUGUAGCCAUCGUGAAAAUCCCAAUAUGAACUAUAAGUCACUACCCUAUGGAAAGUGUCUUUCUGACUCAAAGUUACAGAGUUCUUUGUUAGAUCUUUUUACCAGAUAUAAGGGGAUCAGCAAGAAGCUAGCUCACAUGGGGUCAACUCAAGCUAAUGAGUCGCUUAACAUGACCAUUGCCUCCAAAGCUCCCAAGCGAUGUCAUUUCAGUGGUUCAGCAAGUCUGGGGUACCGAGUUGCUGCCGGAGUAGCACAAAAGAACAUUGGACACUCUUAUGUAGCCAAGGUGAACAUUAGAGCAGGCUUAUCCCCUGGCACCUUCACUCAUAAAGUAGCUGUACUGAGGGAUUUACAGCACCGAAAGCCAAAAGCCAUUGCCAACACCGUAAAAGCAAAAAGAAGGAGAAUGAAUCUGAAAGCCCAGAGAUUGCAGAGGAUUGCCUGUCAAGAAAACAGGGAAGGCCCCACAUAUUCAUCUGAGAUUGGAUUAUGUCAGCAAACUGAUACAAUUCUUGCUAGUAUUCCAAAACCAUGCAUUCGGCCAGAACCAGAAAUAGUAAACUUCAGUGCAGAAACCCAUUUACCUGUUUACUUUGACUUGGAAACAACUGGCUUGGAUAGAACAUGUCACAUUACUCAGUUGGCAUUUCUGGAAGAGGAAGAAGAGUUUCAAGUGUAUGUUCUUCCAAAGAAACCAGUAUCAAAAGAGGCAGAGAAAGUGACUGGAAUAAGUGUAAAGAAUGGAAAAUUAUUCCACUUUGAAAAGGAAAAAGAUGCAGUAUCAAUUUCUGCAGCUAUUGACAGCUUACUUAGUUUUUGUAAUUGA